UCAAAAUACCCUAAUACUGUAUGUACUCAUCGUCUAGUUAAUCGGGCUUAGCCGGCGCAGAGAUUCAUUCCGCUAUUGUGCGCGCUGAUGUGAAGCACAAACGCUUUGGUCUAAACUACGGGUUAUUUUCGAAUAUACGUAUUUAAACAUGAAUCUUUAUCAACGAAUUUGGUUAGGAUGGACAAUUGUUUUUGUAAUUGCGUUGUCUGUAAGCAGUUUGAGCAUUCGCGACAUGUUUGAUUAUGGAGAGCAAGCUGGAGACCAACUGUUGGAGUUUGGGACCGAUCAAACUCAAGAACUCCAUUUAAACCGGUCAAUGUUCUUCUUCGAUCGCGAAUAUGAUACUAUUUAUAUCAAUACCAAUGGCUUCCUGGCAGUAGAAGAACCAAUGGCGGAGUCUGAGUACCUGGGAAAGAUGCCUGCCAGUUUUGGAAUGAUUGCAGCUUUCCUAGGAGACUUGGACAACAGCGAUGAAGUGGGGAAAGUAUAUUACCGGCAAGACAGUAUCCCGUAUGUGCUUCAACAAACCGAGGGGCACAUCAGCCAGGCCUUCCCUGAUGAUAACAAGCUUGAGUCCAUCCACGCCAUAAUCGUCACAUGGGAAAACUUGGCAGCCCAUGGCACACCUGGCGAAGGACAGGACAGAGAGAGGAACACCUUCCAACUGGUGGUGGCCUCCACGGAGUCCGCCUCAUACGCCAUCAUGUUCUACCCCAGCGAAGGGCUUCAGUACGUCUCCACGAUUGUGGAGGGCCAGAGGGAGUCUGUUCAAGCCGGUUUUAGCCAAGGCCUGAUCCGGGGUUGGUUCAGCUGGACCAGCACCCAAGGAACCUACUACCGUAUCACUACUGAGGAUGAAGCAUCCAUCAGACGGCUCUCUGAGGGGACCAACUCAGGGAGGCAUGGGGUAUGGGUGUACGAAAUUGGCACCUCCCCCGCGUUCACGUCCAUCAACCCAGGUCAGGUGACAGGCCCGACCCUGGAGGAGGACGUAGACGGAGGGCCCAUGGAGACUGGAACCGUAUUUCCGCUGAUAAAUACCGGAGGACAACAGAGGAUCGUGUUUCCUGAAUAUAAGCCAGAGGAGGAAGAGGAGACAUCUGAACCAGAUCUGCACCCAACAGUCCACCCUGUCCAGUACCGGCCCAAUUACCCCUUUGUCUCUGAACCGGCCCAGCCCAGAUACCCUGAGCCCAUCCACCCACAGCCACCGCUCUACCAGCCCCAAACCCCACAAGUAGUGAUAUUGGAUGAAGAUGAUGACCUUAACGUUGAUGUGUUUGCGUAUAAGUCUGAGACGUGCGCUAGCAACAGGCAGAAGUGCUCGUCCUUCGCCGACUGUGAGGACUACACCAAUGGCUAUUGUUGCCAUUGUAGACCUGGUUUCUAUGGCAACGGCAAGGAUUGUGUGGCUGAAGGUAAACCCCAACGGAUGAAUGGCAAAGUGAAUGGCAGUGUGUUUGUGGGAAACUCUCCAUCGCCGCUGGAGUUCUCCAGCAACGAUCUGCACUCGUACGUGGUGGCCAAUGAUGGGCGUGCCUACGUGGCCAUUAGCACCAUCCCAGCUGGUCUUGGCCCCUCCCUUCAGCCCCUCUCUUCCCUGGGGGGCGUUAUUGGCUGGGCCUUCGCUCUGGAGCAGCCCGGCUACGAGAACGGCUUCAGCAUUGUUGGUGGCAAGUUCACCAGGAAGGCAGAUGUGACCUUCCUACCGGGCAAUGAGAGACUGACCAUUGAGCAGAAAUUCAAAGGCAUCGAUGAGCACGACCACCUUGUGGUGAGCACCCAGCUGGAGGGCAGACUGCCCGAGGUUUCCCCUGGCUCCACUGUGCAGAUCGAAUCCUACAAGGAACUCUACCAGUACGGCAUCAACUCGAUCACCUCCUUCUCCAACCGCGAUUACACCGUCACUUUACCGGACGGCAGUGUCCAGACCAAGACCUACCAGUGGCGUCAGAUCAUCACCUACCAGAGCUGUCCCCAUGACCAAUCAAUCAAGACCAUGCAGCCCACCCAGCAGCUCAGUGUCGACCAGAUCUUUGUCAUGUACGACUCAGGCAACCAGCUGAUCCGCUAUGCCAUGAGCAACAAGAUUGGCUCUAUUCAUAGUGGGCCACCAGAGCAGAAUCCAUGUUUCACCGGCAGACACGGCUGUGACACAAACGCAGCAUGUAGACCUGGAGAUGGUAUCCAGUUCACCUGUGUAUGUGCAACAGGAUUCAGUGGAGAUGGACGUCAAUGCUAUGACAUUGAUGAGUGCAGAGAGAUCCCAGAGAUCUGUGGGUCUCAUGCCAUCUGCAACAACCAACUGGGAACAUUCCGCUGCGAGUGCGUGGAUGGUUUCCAGUUCUCCAGCGAUGGGAAGACCUGUGUUGAACUAAGCCAACCCAUAAAUCACUGUCAGAGGGGCACCGAUAACUGUGACAUCCCAGAGCGGGCACUUUGCAGCUACACAGGGGCUUCUUCAUUCAUUUGCUCUUGUCUGCCUGGCUUCGUGGGUGAUGGUUAUAAUUGCCAGGAUAUUGAUGAAUGUGAGCAAAGCCGCUGUCAUCGGGAUGCUGUCUGCUAUAACUCUCAGGGCUCAUUCACCUGUCAAUGCCUCCCCAAUUUCCAUGGCAAUGGUUUUCAUUGUGCCCCUGGCUCCCCGGAGCGUGAGAAGACGCAGUGCGAGCGCGACAGAGAGAUUAUCCAGGCAUCCUACAACACACCUUCUUUUCCGGUUUCCUUCUUCCGUCCACGCCCUGCCACUGGCCAGUAUGUUCCCACCUGUGACCAUCAUGGUGCUUAUGAGCCCACUCAGUGUCAUGAUAGCAUAAGGCAGUGCUGGUGUGUGGAUAGCAAUGGCCAGGAGAUCCCCAACACCAGAACUGGUCCUGGCCAAAGACCAUUGUGUAUUGACCACAGAGUGGUUCCUCCCCCAAUCGGUCCCACCCCAAGGCCGGAUGUCUCUCCCGUGGCUCCAGGGACCCACCUGUUAUUUUCCCAGAGUGGGAAGAUCGAGCACAUCCCACUGGAUGGAUACAGUCUGAAGAAACAAGAGGCCAAAGCUCUGCUGCACCUGCCUGACAGAGUGGUAGUUGCUGUAGCCUACGACUGCUUGGAGAAGAUGGUCUACUGGACAGAAAUUACAGGGCCCUCUAUCAGCAGGGCUAACCUUGAGGGGGGCGACACCAACUCUCUUGUCACUACUGACCUGGAGAGCCCAGAGGGUUUGGCAGUCGACCAUCUGGCCCGGCUAAUGUUCUGGACCGACUCAAUGAAGAACAGCAUAGAGGUGGCCAAACUUGAUGGGAGCCAGCGCCGCGUCCUCUUUGACACUGACCUAGUCAACCCACGGCCUGUCGUCGCGGACCCUUCCUAUGGGCGACUCUACUGGGCAGACUGGAACAGAGAAGGUCCCAAGAUUGAGAUGUCCAACAUGGACGGAACUGACAGGACUGUCUUGGUUAAGGAUGACUUGGCGCUGCCAAAUGGCCUGACCUAUGACUCUGAGAGCCAGCAGCUGUGUUGGGCUGAUGCAGGCACUCGUAAGGUAGAGUGUAUGGACCCCAACAGUAGAAACCGAAGGGAGAUUGUGGAAGGAAUUCAGUACCCCUUUGCCAUUGUAGCCCAUGGGAGGAACCUGUACUACACUGACUGGAGAAGGGAGGCGGUGGUAGCCGUGGACCGCACGAUGGCCAGAGAGACAGAUGAAUUUUUGCCACAGAAGCGUUCACGAGUGUAUGGAAUCUCCAUUACCACAACUCAAUGCCCUCAGGCAUAUAACUACUGCCUGAAUAACGGAGGCUGUUCACACCUUUGUCUACCACGCCACGGUGGAUUCACCUGCCGGUGCCCAGAUGUGAUGGAUGGCACCUGUGUGGACAGGAACUUCUGAGACUCCCCCACUGACUACACAAAGGGGAGAUAACACAUGCACCGUCCCAGUGAAAGAAGUGUAAGCUGCAUAUGGCUGGGGGGUUAGCGGACAAAAUCCAUUCUGAUCCCAAACCCUUAUCCCAAAACUUCCUUGUUGAUUCCUUCUGGCAGAUCUGAGUGAAUUUAGUAGGUUUUCAUAAUUUGAUAGUAAUAUCUGCUAGCUGCCUGGCUGGUUAGGUGGAGGUGCUACCCAUUUUUAUAAAUGCAGCCUGUUCAAUUAAGGUCCUGGAGAGCCAGACCCUUUUUUCCCCCAUCAUUUUCUAGUCAGGGAUUAUGGCAUGUCAGUUUAGUGCAACUAAGUAGAAACAGAAAACAGAGGUGAUUUGGCCCAACCGGCCCAGAGUUAAAGAGCCCAGCUUACAUCCUAUGUAGUCCUAUGAUAUCAAGGUCAAUCAGUUACAAGCAAUAGGGAAGGCCAAUGGAUUGUAAAGGAAUUAGACCUAGCCACCACUAUGAGCCAAUUAUGGACUGAAGUGUACAUGGAGUUUAUGUGGAGUUUUCUUCUUUUUUAAGGGGGAGGGGCUUAUGCCAUUGUCAUGUUGUGACAUUUCAAAUCUAACAAAUUAUUCUGUUAUCUUCCUAUGACCCAUUUGAGAAGAAAAUAUCUAAUUUUAAGGUUUCUGUAUGUAAAUAAAUACCAUUGACUGUU